GCCUCGUAGCCUAGCAACAGCCUCCCUUCCGCUCAGUUGGGCCGAGAAUCGGGGAGGCGAGGCUGUCCUCGUCUGAUAUCACGUGAGGGCCAGAUUCCGCCCUCAUAGCGCAGCCCCGGCCAUGUUAUUUCCCUCUCAAGCUCUCUCCCUUCCUCUCUGUUGCGGUGGCCGCAAGUGCUCCGGGCCAGUUUUCGGCUCUCCGCUUUCUUGACAGGUAUUUAAUUAUGAUUUACACUGAACAGUAAAGAUCUGGAGAUCAUAAAGGAUCUAUUCUUGAAACAAUGGCAACAAAAUCAUCGCUCCUUAAAGUAAUCCUUUUAGGAGAUGGAGGAGUUGGAAAGAGUUCAAUUAUGAACAGAUAUGUUACUAACAAAUUUGAUACCCAAUUAUUCCAUACAAUAGGUGUAGAAUUCUUAAAUAAAGAUCUGGAAGUGGAUGGACACUUUGUCACAAUGCAGAUAUGGGACACUGCAGGCCAGGAACGGUUUAGGAGCUUGAGGACUCCCUUCUACAGAGGUUCUGACUGUUGCCUUCUCACUUUCAGUGUAGAUGAUUCUCAAAGCUUCCAAAAUCUGAGCAACUGGAAAAAAGAAUUCAUUUACUACGCAGAUGUGAAAGAGCCUGAAACAUUCCCUUUUGUGAUACUGGGUAAUAAAGUUGAUAUAACCGAGAGGCAAGUUUCUACAGAAGAAGCCCAGGUCUGGUGCAGAAACAAUGGCAACCAUCCUUACUUUGAAACGAGUGCAAAAGAUGCCACUAAUGUUGCAGCAGCUUUUGAGGAAGCUGUUCGAAGAGUUCUUGCUACUGAUGAUAGAUCAGAUCACUUGAUUCAAACAGAUACGAUAAAUCUUCACCGAAAGCCCAAACCUAGUUCAUCAUGCUGUUGACUAUUUAGCUUGGUUCAAUAUCAUUCUUAACUGGGAAUAAUAAUAGAACAUAUGAUUCAUUGGAUGACACUCUAAUAUAUUAAACUGUAAUAUUUUACUGCUUUAUGUGCUGCCAGAAGAUUCUCUUCUAUGUGACCUAUUGCUAAAUAAAUGGUAUCUGACAUUUGGGGAAGGUAUUAACUCAAUAAUUCAUUUAAUUUAAAUGUUGUUUGAAUAAUAAAUUAUAUACUAAAACUUGAAAGUUCUAGAAGCACUACUUGGGGACUCAGUUGACGAAUAGAAAUUUUAUAUCUAAUGUAUAUUUUUGAGGUCACUAAUCCAUGUUUGCUUCACUAAAACCUUUUUCAUAAAGCAAUAUUAGUAGAUAGUACAUUCUUAUUCACGAUUGCAUCUUUAAUCUGUUUUUUUAAAAUCUGAUUUAAUAUAAACAUUUUAAGGGCUUUUGCUAUUUGCCUAGUGUCACUGAGCUGCCUGUAGAUUUUAAGUUCGAUAAUAAAUAUGCAUAUAUGGA